AUGCAGAGUGCCAUUGAGCGUUAUCUCAAGGAAAAUGGCUACAAAACGAGUAUCGUGCGAGACAGAGAGUUUCGGAACUCGCAAGAAGUAUUGAACGCGAAGGCGAUAAAUCUCCGUCGAGAAGGAAUGGGAAAACGACCCAAUAAAGCUCAACCACGGGCCCCAGAAGAACAGUCUUCUCUAUGGAAUAAAGGGCAACUGGGAGAACACAAUGGGCGAGUGUUAACAAAUGUCAACUUUAAAAACUUAACUGAACAACUUGGAUUACGAGGACGACAAGAACAUUAUGACUCCUAUGUCGAGGACUUCUUGAUACGACGACAAGAAGACAGAGGCGAACUCGUAGUCGUAGAAUAUCGCGAAAAUCCCACAAAGACGAGAACCGGUGGUCUAAGAAUAAAGCGAAGAUUAACACCACAAUUGAUGUUUAGUACCGACGGCGGUGAGAGAGAUCCGGUGCGCCUUUUCAAGCUAUGGCGUUCCAAAAGACAGGACGGCGCCUGA